CUCUAAACAGAUCAAAACAAAAGUAGAGAAGCCAACUCCUAGAUCCUAGGCCUAGUGAAUAUGGAUCCUGUGGUGGACAAUGGUGUCUGUGCUUUCGCAGCUAUCAAGAAGCAUAUAGUGCGUCUCAACAAGGGCAUUAUUGCCGGGCAGAUUCCAGAAAAGCUCUACUCUGAAGAAUUGAUUGGUGAGGAACCUUGGGAAUUGUAUCUCAAUUCUGCAACCAUAGACUCUGAUAAAGGGAAAAAAAUUGCAAGAGCUGUCCAAAAGAAUGUUCGUCUUUGUCCUGAACUGAUGGAUAAAUUGUGUGAUAUCUUAAAGAGUGAAAGAGCUACUGAAGAUAUCGCAAACGACCUCCAAGAUACCUACGUGCUCAAGAAAGAAGAAGCUAAAGAUAAGUCACAAUCAAAGCCGGAAAUUGAAUUUCAAGAACUAAAGGAUGUACUAGAGAACUGUAAAACUGACCUAUCUCAACCAGAUGCUCCCCAAAAUGAACUUGACGCUGUGAUCAAGUUCAAGAUAAAAUCAUUCAUUACUACGAAUAUCACAAAUGGUGCUACAAAGGUAGAUAUUCAUAGCAAAGUAUCCUCUCUUUGUUAUGAAACGUUCACAAUUCCGACAAGGCUUUGUACCUGGGCACUUCAAACAGUUGAAGAAGCUGCUAUUCCAAAACCCAAACCAGCAAAUGUUGAAGAUGUUACGUCUAGUGAAGUAGCCAAGCCAGAAACCAUACCAGAGCAUCUCUCACCCCUGCCUACCUCUGAGUUUAAAGAGCUACUCUACAAUUCCAGUCUUUGUUGUCAGGCUGUCAGUACUUGCAACGUCGGAACCUACAGAAAAUUUUUUUCAGACUUAACAAAUCCCCACUUAUUCGAGGAAAUUUCGAUGUCAAUAUCAGAAGAUAGAGAUGAAGUUGAUCGAUAUCUUGUUGCUGUUCAAGGAAGAACGAUUUAUGUUGCAUUUCAAAGUGAGCCAAACGUUCAGCAAUGGAUGACCAAGUACUCUUCCUUUAGUGAAGGUCUUGAUCGACAGGCAGGCAGGAUUCCAUUCGUAUUUUUUGGGGAGAAACUGAGGCAACGUAAAAGAAUUGUCCUUACUGGUUUUUCUUACGGUGGAAUGCUGGCGUGUUUUGUUGCUGCUAUUCUUUGGAAAGACAGCUGCAUCCCAAUUGAAGCUCUAGAAAAAAACGUUGUGUGCAUCACGUAUGGUCAACCAGUUAUCAGCGUCCCAUGUGUGCAGCAGGUUAUCAAAGAUAUUCCUCAUUUCCAUGACACCAUUUAUUGCGUAUUUGAGAAAGCAGAUGUUCUUCCUUCUGUUUCCCGGUACUUCAACUGCAUCCCACGCCUCAUGCCUAGUAACCAAAGUGGAAUGACUGCACUGUCUUCAUCUACACCACAAUCGUCAACCACGUUAUUUGGUAUCGACAGCCAGUAUGGAACAGAUCAGAAUUUCAAGGAGCAUGGAAUGUCACAGCAGUUUUUGAAUGAUUUGUAUCAACUCCAAAAGUCAGAGGUGUCAUAUUCAACUGUGGCUUCUGGGGAAAAAUCUGAACAAGUGAUUGCAUUGGGAAGGAUAAAAAAAGUACUCGAAGAUUCUCAACCCAGCUGUGGGGGUCCUGAUGAAGCACUUUUGUGUGGGAAUUACUGCUAUCAACUUAUCGAGAAAGAAAAUCAAGAAGUAACCUGGACUGCAAUUCCAAGCAAAAAGCUUGCCUCAUUGAUGUUUGGAUCAAUCCCAAAAAUUGCAACUGAAUCACUUGAAAUUUCAAGUUUUUGGAAGCACAAAAUGAGUCAUUACCGGGUAAAAAUGCUCAAAGCCUAUUUACUGAACGACCCCGACAAGUUUCAACUUCCUGAGCCCCAGAAUCGGUUUACUCAAGUCCCUCAGCUGAAGCCAGAUGUUUCACGUGUCAGUGUACACUUUUUCCCCAACGAGCAUGCCGUUGUUUUAGAAGGUGAAAACCUAAGCUUCUGUUUUGAAGUUAAACUUGGUGAACAGAGCAACGCCCUGAAAAUAAAGAGCCCUGAUCAUCUUACUUCCCGUAUCAUUCAAUUUAAUUUUCCACCUGACAAGAAAACAAGAAAUAUUACCAUCUCAGAUGACAGUACCAUGAAGGUUACUCUACGUAGUCAUUUCUCCAAUCCCAUUCGUAAAAGGGUGAAAGUUAACAAGGAAUCCUUUAAAUUUUCUUUACGGGAGAUACAAAUUGCCAAGUACAGCCCAACAGAAGUCAUUCGCCUUGCUUUCAUGAGUGCAAUGCUUGAACGUUUUUCAUUUCAACUGAGUGAGCGAGGUCCAUCUCAGCGAUUGAAAAGCAUAACAUAUUUUCUUGAAGAAGCUGUGAAGGUUGUUCCGUUGGAAAGCAUCUUCUUUGCUGUUGCUUACACUGAUGAUACCACUUCCAUUGAAUGUGCUAAAGCACUUAAUGAGUCUCCUUUCAAAUUUCCUCCAUCAGAAUCCAUGUAUGAAGCUGCUGUUAUAGCCGAGGUUCGAAUGAAAACCGGUAUUCAUGGGGCCGUCAUUGAAAGCUACAGGGCCCAUGCAAUUCGACAAGCAUUACCUAUUGUACCAACAAACACAGGACGGUACAUAGUGCAGACCGAAUGUACUUCUCCAAAUGAAUUACAGCUGACUGUGCUAUCACCUUCUCCAGCAACUUAUGCUGAAGCCUUAAAUCAACAUUUACAGCAGCCGUUUCAGUUUCAUCAGUACUUUUCUGGCCAACGUUUAUUUCCUGUACCAGGCGUGAAUUUGGUGGUUGAUACAACUCGUGUUCCUCGAUCCAAAGAAAUCGAUCCGUAUCUUGGAAAGUAUUUUAGAAACAUUAUUGAAGACGGAUCUACGAUAAUUCAGGAAACAGCUCUGGAUGAGCUGAGUAACCUCAGUAUAGAUCACAUUUAUCCUGUCAGUUCUCAGCGAAGACAUUCACUGGUCAUAUCAACCUUCCAAUCACCACUUGAUAUUCUCCAAAAAGGUCGAGAGGAUCUCGAAUCUUUCAUAGAAGAAAGUCAAGAAGAUUUUGACUCUAGUCAGUACCUCACAAACGAAAAAAUGCUAGAGCUUGUAAAAGACAUCUUUGAUAAGAAAGUUAUGAUUUGUGCAACUCUACUCGGAGCUUUCAUGGAACAGCAAAUAAAGAUUCCUCUUUUCAAAGAUACCCAAAAGAGUACAGCUGAGUUCCUUUCUUCAAAAAAUGACCGUGUUGCUAUGGGUGUGUGGGCACUGUUCAGCAGCACUUUUGAAGAAUUACAAGAUUUGCUCUCCUCAAUGGAAGGCAACCCCCUCAUUGUUGAAAUUCGUGAUUACAUUGCUGGAGUUUUGAGUGAUGAUUUGAAAAAGAAAAAAUCACAACUAGGGAGCAAGUACGAUGGCAAGCUACAGUUCCUGCUUCAGGCUUGUAGCCAGCGAGUUGUCACUUGUAGUAGCGAGUAUAUCAGUUAUUCUCUCGAGCACCAACUUUGUAGCAAGCCGAAAUUCGAUAAAUCGCUUUCAGUGAAGGAACUUAUUGACAAAUGGGGGACGAUUUUCGAAGGAGAUGCUCUUGCAUUUGUAGCUGCUAGUCAUCGACCUCUUAUUGCACGAUGGCUCAAAUGGGCUAUGCUCAUUCACGACCUGCGACUGUCUCUUGCUAGCUACACAUGUGUUGGUGUGACGGGUCUAGUGAAUUCAGGAAAAUCCCAACUGAUUAACAAGUUAUUUGGAAUCAACACACAAGUGGGAACUCUUGAGAAAACAAGAACAACAGUUCCACUCCUCUACAACCUGGAUGGUGUGGUUGAUGGUCUAGAUGUCAUCGAUUUCCCUGGUGUUGAUGACAAGGAUAACAACAUUCCCAAACUUGCUGAGAUGCUGCUCGGUUUGGCUCAAGUUGUUGUGUUUGUAUGUGAUCACAAGAGGAUAUUCACAGACCAAGCAAAGCAGUGGCUUGAACAACUAAAGAAAGAAGAUGUCCCUGUGAUUUUAUGCUUAACGUUUGCUGAUGAGCUCUAUUUACACUUUAUUGGUACGGACAAAGACGACCCUGAACCAACUGAUUAUAAAAGAAGAGAAAUUGGCCAUGAGUUGGAGAGAAAACUCGAGAGGAUAGGGCAUCAUGCCUCCCGUAAGGUUGGAUUCUACUGUUUUCAUGUUCCAGCUGGCUACAAAGCUGAAGUGAAUCACAAAAAUCUCAAGGAAAUGGGGAUCGGGAACUCUCUUGAUGUCGGUUAUGAGCUCGUAAAAGUGUUUGAGAAAACCCUGAAACAAGAAGAUGUUGCUAAGCAACUAAAAGAUCGCAUUGACAAAUUGUCAUCAGAAGCUCGAGAGAGCACUUUAUAGAGUACGUGCUUUUUACAGUUAUCUUUUUUACACUUUGGUGCAUAUACCACUUACAAGACAUUUUACAGAUUAUAAUUAUAUAUAAAUUAACUUUAGCUCUUACUUUAACUGCAUUAGAGUAUAUAAACGUUAGCAAUUAAAUACGUAACUUAUGCAAUAA